UCCCAUGUGUUGUUCCAGAUUGUAACACUAUAAGCCUCGGCUACGUCUCGAGUGGCAUCAAAGAUACAGUAAUGGCCGUCUUGGAAGAAGGUUGGGCAAAGGAGAUACUGUGCAUUGCGGCCAAGUGCGACUCAUGGAGGUCUAGUCCAGACCACGGGAGCAGUGUGCCAUUGAUCUGCGAUGAUGUCCGUGCUGGACUGAUCAAAGGCCACGUUGCCACGACCCUCGUCCAAUACCCUCACGUCUUCCAGGGCGUGUACGGGGGAGGCGGUGGGUUGGAGAGCGUGAGGAUUGUCGAGGGACUGAGGACUGUCGAGGAGAGAACAGCUGCUCUGAAUGGAGUGUUUGGAGACCUCAGGGACAAGGGGACCUACCCCUGCCUGAGGGGAUGGAGGAACGAGAACUACUCAGUUGGUGAGAGCUUCAGUAGCAAGACCGUGUUGUUCCACUGUGAGAGAUCCGCUGCAAAGUUGCUGGGUAUGAAACAGUACGGAGUGCAUAUUAAUGGGUAUGUGCGUGAGGCUAGUGGGGAGAUCAAGAUGUGGAUUGGCAAGAGGAGUGACAAUAAACAGACCUACCCUGGACUACUUGAUAAUACAGUGGCUGGUGGUAUAGCUGCUGGGGACAGUCCCCUGGAGACAGUGGUCAAGGAAUGCAAUGAGGAGGCCUCCAUACCACCGGCCAUUGCUACCAUGGCAACACCCGUCGGCACUAUCAGUUAUUGUCACGAUGCUGUCGAUGGUGUUGAGCCUGAGACAGAGUUCAUGUACGACCUCCAGCUACCGUUGGACUUUGCACCCACCCCCCUCGACGGAGAGGUCAGCCAGUACUACCUCUGGGGGAUGAACAAGAUCAAAGAAGAAAUAGCUAAUGGCCACUUCAAGCCCAACAGUGCUCUUGUGUGUCUCAAGUUUAUGAUACGACACGGACUCAUCACACCAGAAACAGAGCCACUGUACGAACACCUGUCCUGCUGUUCCCAUAUCAACCACUACCAGUGAUCUAUAUGGACACUUGACAUUGUAGCGUCUUUUUUAAUGAGUUUUGUGCACUCCUUAAUUAUACAUCACGUGGAUUUG